CUAAAGCGGAAGUGGAGGACAAACCGGAAGUAGCGGAGCAGCCGGAAGUAGCUUGCGUCCCUGACGUCUGGACGUGGUUUGACAGGACUCGGAGCUGUGGCGAGGAGUUGGCGGCCAUGGAGCUGGGCGAGCUGCUCUACAACAAGUCCGAGUACAUUGAGACGGCAUCUGGGAACAAAGUCAGUCGCCAAUCAGUGUUGUGUGGAAGCCAGAACAUCGUUCUUAAUGGCAAGACCAUUGUGAUGAAUGACUGUAUCAUCCGAGGGGACCUGGCAAAUGUAAGAGUUGGACGCCACUGUGUUGUGAAAAGUCGUAGUGUCAUAAGGCCACCAUUCAAGAAAUUCAGCAAAGGUGUUGCGUUCUUUCCUUUACAUAUCGGGGACCAUGUCUUUAUUGAGGAAGAUUGUGUGGUCAAUGCAGCUCAGAUUGGUUCCUACGUUCACGUCGGCAAGAACUGUGUGAUUGGGCGCCGGUGUGUGUUGAAAGACUGCUGCAAAAUUCUUGACAACACGGUAUUACCACCUGAGACUGUGGUCCCACCAUUCACCGUCUUCUCAGGCUGUCCAGGACUCUUCUCAGGGGAGCUCCCCGAGUGCACCCAGGAGCUGAUGAUUGACGUCACCAAGAGCUACUACCAGAAGUUUUUGCCCCUGACACAAGUCUAGUGUCUCUGCCUCAUGUUUUGAGUUCGCUUGGGCUCUAAAAUGAACUUGGGGACAAAGUCAGCUGGUGGCAUCUACAAAGAGCUCUUUGACAUCUUUUUUUUUUUUUUCUUAAUUCUUCAGGAUUUUUUCAACCCAUCAAGGCUCUAAGCUCUCAAGAGUUUAAUAACAGAAUGUAUGGAGGAGUUGUGGUCAGAUGCUGUGCUUUGACCUUAUCAAUCAACAGUCAUUUCAUACCUUUAUCUUUGGAACACAGAAUCGCCUGUUCCCCAUGCUGCAAGCCCUCAGCCCUGUGGAUGGCAGGAUCCUGCCUGCAGUGGGCCGUCGGGGCAGCAGCACCCUCCCCGCGUGGAGAUUGUGUCACUGGCAUGCUUCUCACGGCCACACCACUCACAUACUUCCUCUCAGCAGCCCUGCUGCUGACGCUUGGCCGGUUACCAUGAUUGCUCACAACUCUGGGGGGAGAUUGCGCCUCUUCAAAGACCAGAUUCCUGUUGGCUAUUACAACCUGAAGGGGGAGGGGACAGUUAGCAUUUCUUUUCCCAAAAUGACCUUAGCUGUGCCCGAAUACUUUAUAAAAGACUUGCUAGCAUUCUGUUCUAGGGCCUUUGGCUUCCACUAAAAGGGCGGGCUCAGCACUGUAGUGUUUGCAUUUUCGAAGUUCCAGACUUGAGCCUCCUGUGUGGGUGAAUUAAUCAGGUGGUCCUUCCUUGCCCAAGAUGAAACCUGGGUGAAUUCGCUUCCUGACUCGGAACCCUUCAGUGUGCCUGUGUCUGCCGUAAACCCCACAGUAUAUACAGGUAUCCAAAAUACCUAUAUGUAAGCCUCAUCACAUACGUACAUGAGGGACAGUUAAGGUCAUCUUACAGAACAAGUGAAGAGGAGUGAGUGAAUGCCAGUGCCAUUCUUACCAUCACUUCCGGGUGAUAGCAAAACCUUUCCUGGUUUUGCUCUGCCCUUCGGUUUAAAAGGAAAACUUAGAAGUGAGAGUGCAGAGAAGGUUGCCCUUGCUUCAUGCUCCGAUCUGCUCCAAGUGAAUGGGUGCAGAACAGUGCAGCCUUGAGGCUUGGACUCUAGCAGGAGCCUUCUUGACUGAAUUUCCAGUUGUAGGGUUUGUGAACACAGCUGUAUCUAAUCAUCUCCACCAGUCGAAUUCGGUACUCCUCUGGGUUGCCUUUUUUUUUUUUUUUUUUAAUGUUUGUACAUUAAAAGAAGGAUGCAUGGAGCAGGUCAUUUUAAGGUGAUUACUCUCCACCUCCACGAUGGCUGCUGCUGUCCAUCAGGCACUUGACUGCAUGCCUGGUGCAGUACUGUGGGCUUUACCUUCACUAGCCUGCUUAUUUCUCACCAUGACAUGAAUGGUAUUCUCAUGUCACAGAGGGGAAGAAAACUCAAAGGCAUUAGAUAACUUGUUCCAGUCCAUACGGCGAAGAAGCAGCCCACUGUGUCUGUGUGGCUCCACAGCUUGGGUUCUUCACUGUGCCCUGGAAAGAAGAGAUGGCCUUGCCCUUGGUGCACAUCCAAGGUGCAUCCCGUCUGAUACGGGAAGUCUGUGUUGGCUACAAUUUUGGGGUCAUACCCCCCAGGUCGUUUCUUAUUUUGUGUCUUCAAAAAAAGGAGAAUCUCGGCAUUGGCUGAAUGUAUUGGUCUUUGGCCUAACCUCUUGUUCACCUCAGAAUUCUUCCAGGAUAUGUGCAUAGCUUCCCGUCAGCCUGUAUUUGAAUGCCCCCAAAAGGAAGCUUUCCACUAUAUGCAUCUGACGAUCCAUUUUGUCUAUCAACUGGAAGUGAGAGGAAGAAGGAUCAUUUUUUUCUGAGGUUUUUUUAAAAAAAUUCAUUUCAAAAAUUCUAAGUAAUUCAAGUAUAUGAUUUGCAAAAUUCAACUAGUAAAGAAGAAAAAUGAAACAUUCCCAACGCCCAGUCCCACCCUGUACUUCCCGGAGGCAGCUUCUCAGUAGUUUUUUCCCAGCAACAAGGGAUGGCAGCUUAUGUAUGUAGGGUUGUAUACCUCAGCCUCUCAUGCAUAUGGCGGGAGCAUGGUUUUGUGUCAUUCUACACCUUGAUGCUUUUACUUUAUGUAUCUCAGAGGUUGUUCCAUGUUAGCACUCAUGCCUGAUAAAGAAUAGCAGCUGCAGACAUUUAGAGUGCGUACCGGGUAUUCUUCUCUGCUCCUUACAUGUCUUAAUUCCUUUAAUCCUCUCUUAACUCUGUGGAAACUAGUUAUUGGCCCCAAGAAACAGAGGAUAAGUGAGUUGCCAAAGCUGCUUGGAGCUGAAGUGACAGUGAAUCCAGACACUCUGGCUGCAGAGCCCAUACUUCCAGGCACUGUACUGGAAUCCCUCCGUGUUAGGCUUGUCAUCACCCUGAAUCGUGUCAUCUGACAGCCUUCACAGCACAAGAAGUUAAGAAAUGACAGAUUUUGCUUUUGAAGCAGGCAGUGUGCUCCAUUGUCUAGGAGCUGCAGUUGUGGUCUGACAGGUGAAUUGGGAGCAAGCUUCCUGGGAAAAAUGUACUGCAUCAUUAAAUAACAUCUUAAAAUUUUGCACCAUGUGGCCAACAUUCAGUUGAGAAAUUUGAAAGAUAGAUUUGACAAAAAUCCAGUUGGAACUGUUUGUUGCAAGUGACAGAAAUCCAGCUUAAGCCAAUUUAGGCAAAAAAAGAGGCUUUAUUGGUUUCCACAACAAAUCACAGAAAAGACUAGCUUGAGCAGCAAUGUGACGUGAAUCAUGGACAAGUUACUUAAUCCCUCUGUGCCCUGGUACCCUAAGCCGUACAGUGGGAAUAACAGUAGCACCUCAGAAAAUUCGAGUAGAUUAAACAACUGUAGGUAAACAUUAAGGACAGUUCUUGGCACUUAGAAACAACCCCAUGAGUAAUAAGUUAUUGUGGAACAAUGAACUCUAAAAAUCUCAGCCCCAUCAGGGCCUUUUGACUUUUGUAUCUUUUUCACCUUCACAUUAGUAACGGUACAGACUGGGCUGCUGUCACAAAGGCACCACCAAAAUGCAGUUGGCUCAGACAAGACAGAAGUUUAUUUCUUUCUCCUAACAGUACACAGAGGGGCAGGUAGGCCAGAGAUCAGCUGGUCCAAGGCAAGUAAGUGGCUGGACUCCACCAUGUCAUUAGGUACCUGACUUCCUACAGGUGGCUGCAUUUACCUACAAUGCAGACUAUAAAUCUAGACUCCAGUUGGCAACCAAAACUCUAAGGAAGAAAGUUCUCAUAAUAGAAAGGAGAAGGCGAGAAUGGACCUUGGCAGACAGCAGGCAAACGCCAGCAGACCCCUGUGCUGGCUUCCUUUUCUCCUCCGGCAAGUGGGCUUUCUCCAUGUGUGGGGGCAUGUGUCCUGGCUUGGUGACCCUGAAAGAAAACUGUUCCCUUCCAGUUCUAAUUGGGAAAUCCAAGAGAAAGUUCUCAGCGGUUUCUUGUGAAUUGCAUGCCCUGUUGUGGCCAGAGGUGUUCGGCCCUGUUAUUAAACUAAUCUGGGUCAUGACCUUUCCUGCAUUCCCCUGGGUAGGGAAAGAGCGGUCUAUACUGAAACAAGGUGCUGGGAAGGCAAAAACUAUAGCUACUACAAACACUGGAUGAGUCUAGAAUUAUGCGCUGAUGUUGUUUGAAAGCGCAUUAGCAGUCGUGUGUAUCCUAGCAAAGGCUAGCUGGACUCCGUCUCCAUGGUGGCUCUCACCCCUGGGACAGUCUGUCACCAGAGAAUUGCUCUUAUUUUUCCAGAGAAGUCUCUUUGUCUUGAGAAUACAAGAAAAAUGGACAGAUGGGAAAGACCUUGAGAUCCUUCCAAGGCUGAGGAUGGGUGUUGGGGUGGGGGGGGGAGCAGUAUUAGCUUAUAUAUUUGAAAGGCCAGCCUGAGAUGAGUCUUCAGGCUGGAUCCCAGGACUUCUUGACUUUUGUACUUUGUGUUGUGGUCAGCACUUGUCUCUACUUCCCUCUGAGUUGGUCUUAUUCUCAAGCCUCACGGUGUGACCUCAUACUCCAGUUAUUAGUGCAAAGAGCUCUCCUUCACUGACAAAACCCUUGGACAUGGUUCUCAUUUGUCCAUACCAGUGAGAUACCCAGCCUCAAGUUGUCACUGGGGUCAGGAAAGUGGAGUACACUGAUUGGCUAGCCUGGGCAUAUACCCACAUGGGCUGAGAGUCGGUGCCUGGUGGGGGUGAUGGGGGAUGGUGCUAUCAGAGACAGGAUGAAUGGGCUUUAGACAGGAAAUAUGAUCAAGGGCAUGGUUUAGGCCUCUCUCCUUCCCCAGAUGUCUUCACUUCUCUCUCCCUCCUGCCUACCCUUACCCCUGCCCAGUGUUUUCUUUACUCUUGGUCUUGGGAUCUGAGCAUGUUCCUGAAGAGGCAUGUUUGAGCCUAGAUUAGGGGGCAGAGGGAGCAUGUUGCUUAGCCAAAGUGGGGUGUUCAACAAAGAGCCAUGUGGAGGAUGGUCUUCUAUCUGGAACUGCUUCUUUAGGGUCCCCGUAGCACCUUAUGGAGGGAGCCUUUGUCAGGGUGUAGAUGGAGUUCCAGUUGUGUUCUUGUCUAAGCCCACACUGGCUGGGAGCUGCAGAGGAGCCAGGUGUGAGCCUGUGUGAGUUAUCCAGCAGGUAUGCCAUGGGGUGACGGCUGGAUAUACAGUACCCCCCACACACACAUACACCCAUGCACACGUGCACACACACGCCAGCCGUAGUCCUGUUCCAGGUAAGGCUCAUGCUCACUUUGCUGGAUCCCUGGUGCACGGAGUAAGGUUGAAUGAUUGACUUGUGAGUCUCCUAUUGACCAAUUCUGUUUUGCAUGGCUGCAUGGAUCCCUUGUGGUUGAUUGGGAUAAGUAGCGGCUUCUGAAUUCGUCACUUCUGCAUGAACCAGUUCACUCAGGACUUGUGCCCACAGUUCCUGUCUUAGUCACUGAUGCAUCUGAGCAGCAGCAGACUUGAGGUAACCAGACAAACUACUCCUAGUUGACACAUCCUUGGAAGUUUCUCAGCUAUCAAGAAGGGUGGCUAGCGAGGGCUUUUUUGAUCUGUUCUGGCCAGUUAGUGCACAGAAGUGUUCCCCAGCCACAUUCUGGGGCCUCAGCCAUUCUCCCAAACAGAUUGGCAUCUGGCCAAGCUGCAUGGUUGCUAUGGGUAGUCAGAGCCAGCUGGCUGAUUUCUUAGGGGUAGUUUCUGUGGAACUUCAAGGCAGAAAUGGUACCAACAGUGUCGAGAUCCUGAAUCCAAAGACCGGGUUAUUUUAGAACUGGUCUCAGCAAAAUGCCAGUUCUCAGGAGCCCGUGGUCUCUGAAACACCUCUGAAGCCCCCAGCAAUGAGGUUAUGCUUUUUUUUUUUUUAAACAGUCAGAGUUAGAGAGAGAGAGUGAAAGGUCUUCCUUCCGUUGGUUCACCCCCCAAAUGGCCGCUAUGGAUCUUAGCAGCUUGCUUAACAGAGUUCUCUGAUGGAGGCCUGAGGAGCCCAUUUUGAGUCACGACACUGGUGUGAAGAGUAUGGGCACGCCCAGCUCUGCCGCUUCCUGCCCUUGAGACUUUGGGCAGGUUAUCUCACUUCAUGGAAAGCCUGCCUUCCCAGCCAUAGAAGAGGGGAGAUGGGUAGGGUUAUUAUGAGGAUUACAAUACAUUCAUACACACAGAGCAUGAGCACUGGCUCAGUUACAGGAAGCACUCAGUAAGUGGUAGUUUUAUUACUGCUUGUAGGAAGCGGUAUACUGAGCAAAACCCCUUAUGGUAUAUGCAUUCUGAUAUAUUUUUUUAAAGUUUAAAAUAAAAUUAAGCAUAUCUUUGCCCUUAUAAUCAGUCCUCCACAAAGAAGAGAUGAAGAAAAGAAAGUGUUCUUUCUUGGUUUGCAUCUACGGGGUGCCGCUGUUGAAAGUGCAGGGAUUUUUACAAACUAUUUUACAGAGGAUGGAACUGACCCUCAGAAAGGCUAAGUACAAAGGCCCACACCACACAGCUAAUAAAUGUCUGAGCCAGAAUCAAAGCCACCUCUUCUCUGGUGCCAAGUCCGUGCUUUACACAGCUCCUGUAUCUUUGGUUCCUGGCUCUGAACUUGCUGCCCAGGCCAUUCUUUGCCUCUGCAGUUUUCGCUGGCCAGUCAGCCCAGCCUGCUUUCAUUGUGUCCCCUGACUGUGACUGUGAAGUAAGAGGAACUGUAUGUGGGCCGGCGCCACAGCUCACUAGGCUAAUCCUCUGCCUUGCGACGCUGGCACACCGGGUUCUAGUCCUGGUUGGGGUGCCGGAUUCUGUUCCGGUUGCUCCUCUUCCAGGCCAGCUCUCUGCUGUGGCCCGGGAGUGCAGUGGAGGAUGGCCCAAGUGCUUGGGCCCUGCACCUGCAUGGGAGACCAGGAGAAGCACCUGGCUUCGGAUCACCACAGCAGCCAUGGGGGGUGAACCAACGGAAAAAAGGAAGACCUUUCUCUCUGUCUCUCUCUCUCACUGUCCACUCUGCCUGUUAAAAAAAAAAAAAAAAAGAGAGAGAGAGAGAGAGAGAGAGAGAGGAACUGACAUGACAUGUUGCUUCCUGAGCCCAGCAAAUGGAUUUGCCUGUGUCUCACAAUCCCCUGGGCACCAUGCAAAUGGAUCAUGCCAAUGAAACUCCUCCAGGAAGAGAGACAUAGGAAUGAAAUCCAUGUUCUGUUUGCCUUUCCUUCUUGGGCCUGAGCCUCAGCCCAUGGUUGUCUUGAUUCUCCAGCCUCGUUUCCUUUGAGCCGCAUCCAUCUCAGCUUCUCACAGACACCACAGCUUUUGAUUUUCCACGGGAGCAGCAAGAGCCCGGAGGGGGGAGGAUAAGGACCUAGAGAAGGCCCAGGAACUGGAAAGCCCUGUUGGAGACUCAGCUGCCUGGGAAUAGGCACAGGCUCUUUAUUUCAGUAAUCAGAACAACAGCAGCUGAUUUUUUUUUUUGACAGGCAGAGUGGAUAGUGAGAGAGAAAGAGAGGAAGGUCUUCCUUUGCCGAUGGUUCACCAUUCAAUGGCCGCUGCGGCCGGCGCACCGCGCUGAUCUGAAGCCAGGAGCCAGGUGCUUCUCCUGGUCUCCCAUGGGGUGCAGGGCCCAAGGACUUGGGCCAUCCUCCACUGCACUCCCGGGCCACAGCAGAGAGCUGGCCUGGAAGAGGAGCAACCGGAACAGAAUCCAGUGCCCCGACCGGGACUAGAACCCGGUGUGCCAGCGCCGCAAGGCAGAGGAUUAGCCCAUUGAGCCACGGCACCGGCCCAGUUGAUGUUAACCAUAUGCCUGAUACCAUGGAAAAUGCUGUCCUCAUAGAAACUUCACGGGAACCUCAGGCAGCCUAGACAGAAUCUUACCUAGGAGAUGGGCACUGUAUUGAUCCCCAUUUGAUAGACGUAGAAAUUGAGGGCACAGAGAGGUUAAGUAACUUGUCCAGCGUCACAUAGGUUGGCGUUAGAACCCAGGGUUCUUUAGUCCAUGAGUUUAACUGAUAGGUCCUGUUGCUUUUUGGUAGGGAAUGAAUGAUCUUCUGGUGAAUAAAAAAGUCUGGGAUUUAAGGCCUGGCCAAACAAUGAAGGCCCAGAGAGGCAGUAUCCAGGUGGUCAUGCUUGGGGGGCAGCUGAGUUGGGUUGAAACUGCAGCUGUACCACCUCCUGGGCACAUAGCCCCGGGCAAGAAACCUAAUCCAGAAGUGCCUGUUUGCCCAUCUACAGAAUGGGGAUAGCGGUCCUUCUGUGCUUGGGCCAUGGUGAGGCUGAAAUGGAUGAGAUCAUAUCUGCAUAGCUGUUAGCCCUGAGCCUGGCACGCACAAGUGGGCCUAAGGAUGAACUGCUAUGUUACUGUUACUGAUGCCGUGCAGAGAGAGUGUGCCAGUGUGCCUGACUGCAGCCCCCGACCCUGACACUUCGGGCUGACGAGGAUAAGGGAGACUGUGAACAAACACAGCUAGUGAAGGGCAUGGAGGAAUUAGGGUCAUUUUCUUCAGUGCUUCAUUGUUGGGUAAAUGUUUCUAAAUGGAAUAAAACAUACAUGCAGUGGAAGCUCAGCAGGCCUUUAGACACACCAUUCCAUUGCUUUAAAAAUCCUGUGAUUUGCCAGCCUUAGGGAGUUGUUGCGGGAGAGAGCUUGGCAGAAAGUCAACAUUGCAGGCAUGAAAUGUGAGCCCAGUAAAUGAUGGCGGUCUUGUUAAGGAGUUGAGUAAAUUAGCAACAAGAAAAAAGGGACUUUGUAAAAAAAAAAUGACUGUAUUUUGUGGCUUAUUGCCUCUGGAUAUACGAUAAAAUUGAUUUAAAAUAUACUUAUAAUUGUCUAAGGACUAGAACAGUGGUCCUAAUCAAAAUGAGCCAUAAAUGUAUUAAAUCAAAUUUAAAAGUUGUACUUGCUUUUUGCCACCAUGGAUAGGUUAGAAUUUAAAUUAAAUUCUUUGAGUAUUGGAA